ACAGCUCCGGCCUCCGGUCGUGGUAGUGGAAAUUCCCCUGUAAUCCAACCGACUGAAGACGUCAUGAACGCACGCACGAAGCUAAAAAGUAAGGAAAAAAAGAAAGAAAAGAAAGUAAUAGUAAAUUCGUAAACUAAAUUUAAUUCUUUUUCAAUUUUUUUUUUUGUUUUAUAAUUUGUACUAAAAGCAUGUUAGGGUUUAGAUCCUUUAGUAUAUAUAUAGCUCAAAAUUCUGAGCAAUAUAUAUAAAAAAAAAGAAAAAAGAAAAGAAAAGGAAGUAAAUGUCAGCACAUUCAGACUCAGCAGCUUCUCCUGCGAGCAGAGAUUUACCAUCGACGUCAUCAUCACCGUCAAAUCCGAUACAGAUACCGCUGACAUGGCCUCCCGACGGCAAGGUGGAUCUGGACUGGAUCAACCAUCUGAUGUCCGCCUUCGACUGGUCUUCCAAGAAUCUCUCACCGUCCGAUUUCCCCUCCGUCCUUCCGGUCCAGGCCUUCGAUGGCCUGGUUCUGACCGCGUCCAAGAUCCUCCACAAGGAGCCCAAUUGCCUCACAAUCGAGCCCGACGAAGACUCGAGCGCAGCCGUGGAGGUGGUGGUGGUCGGGGACGUUCACGGCCAGUAUCAUGAUGUCCUCUUUCUUCUCCAAGACGCUGGCUUUCCCUCCGAAAAUCGCUUCUUCGUCUUCAACGGCGAUUAUGUCGACCGAGGCGCUUGGGGCCUCGAGACCUUUCUUCUCUUGUUGGCCUGGAAGGUCUUUAUGCCACAUAGAGUAUAUCUUCUCCGUGGAAAUCACGAGUCCAAGUAUUGCACCUCUGUUUAUGGCUUUGAGAAAGAGGUGUUGACGAAGUACGGAGAUAAAGGUAAGCAUGUCUAUCGGAAAUGUUUGGGAUGCUUCGAAGGGCUUCCCUUGGCCUCUAUUAUAGCUGGACGUGUAUAUACUGCUCACGGAGGGCUUUUCCGCAGCAUUACUGUGACCCCAUCAAAGAGAUCAAAAGGGAAGAAGAAUCGAAGAAUUAGUUUCAACUCCGAUCCCAAGUCUUUAACUCUUGGUUCGUUGGAGGAAUUGUCUAGGGCUCGAAGGUCAGUUCUUGAUCCUCCAUGGGAAGGUUUGAAUCUGAUUCCUGGUGAUGUGCUAUGGUCUGAUCCAUCAAUGACUCCUGGUCUUUCUCCGAAUAAAGAGCGAGGCAUUGGUCUAUUGUGGGGUCCUGAUUGCACUGAAGAAUUCCUCAAAAAUUUCAAUCUAAAGCUAAUCAUCAGAUCGCAUGAAGGCCCUGAUGCAAGGGAAAAGAGGUCUGGUUUUGGAGGAAUGGAUGAAGGGUACACCGUAGAUCAUGUUGUGGAGUCUGGGAAGCUGAUUACUCUGUUUAGCGCUCCAGACUACCCUCAAUUUCAGGCAACAGAAGAAAGGUACAAAAAUAAGGGGGCGUACAUUGUUCUGGAACCCCCUAAUUUUGAUCAUCCAAAAUUUCAUAGCUUUGAAGGGAUUGCUCCAAGACCACAGGUGAAUGCCUAUUAUAACUAUGAAGAUGUGUUAGACUCGGAUGAAGAAUUGGACCUGACAUCAAUGGUAACUACUUCUGAAGGAGGUUCAUAAUCAAUUGUUGCAAAUGGAAUUUGUAACAUUUUUUUUUGUAUUUUAGCCAUAUAUAUUAUUGUAAGUGGUUUUCUUUCCCUUGUGAGGUGCCCUUUUCAAAUCUAGAAUCAGGCAUUAAGCUCAGAUAGGGCAAUUUUACAAUAUGAACUGUAUUUUUGGCUGUUACAGUAAUAGUUGGAGACCUAGUUUCAGUGGAAUGAUGGGGAAAUACUUCUGAUACCUAUUUUGCUUACAUUUAUGUAAAAUUGCUCAAGGGAGUUUUGCUCAA